AUGGCCUCCCUCCCCGCCGUCCUCUUCGCGCUCCUCCUGGCGGCCGCGGCGCCUCCGCCCGCUGCUGCCGGCGCGCCAGGGCCCGCCGCCCGCCUGCUCUGGCUCUUUGAUCGCGCUCAUGCUCCCCGCAUCCCGUUGCCGUCGUCUUGCGGGCGUCCUGUAGGCUCCAGGAUCGUGGGCGGCAUGGAGGCCGCGGAGCACCGGUGGCCGUGGGCGGUGAGCCUGCGCUCGUACCUGAAGGGGCACUUUUGCGGGGGCUCCGUCAUCAGCGCGAGGCACGUGCUGACGGCUGCCCACUGCGUCAGCCUCUUCUCCGUGCUGCCCUUCCUGAUGUACGUAGCGGUGGGCGGGCACGGCACCCGCGACGGUGUUAGGAUAGGCGUGUCUCGCGUCGCUGUCCAUCCCGACUACGGAAAGACGGCGCCCUACGAAGCCGACCUGGCCGUCAUCUCCCUCGACUCUGAGCUGGUCUUCGACCGCAGCGUGGCGCCCGUGUGUCUCGCCGCCCGCGCCACGCCUGCGCUCGCCCGCGCCGUGGUGGUGGGUUGGGGCUCCACAGGGGAGUCGCGGCCGGCCGCCCGGUCUCUUCGCGAGGUCGCUCUCACCAUUCUGCCCGACGUCUCCUGCUGGCGGUAUGGGCGGUUGUGGACCCCCACCAUGCUAUGUGGGGGCGACAGGGGCAAGGACGCUUGCCAGGGCGACUCGGGCGGCCCUCUUAUGGUGCAGACUGAAGGGGCGUGGCGGCUCGUGGGCGUUGUCAGCUUUGGGGCGGGGUGCGCUCGGCCGGGCUACCCGGGGGUCUACACGCGCAUCCACAGCUACCGGCGCUGGAUCCUGGCGGCCGUCGGCCAGUAGCGGGGCCGCUCUUGGUCGCCGCCGACGCCGC